AUGGAAGCAUCCUACACUGUAGGCCACACCAACGAGGAUCUUUCUCCAUUCCUGCAAGGACCCGACAGACUGGCAUUUCGAAGCCCAUUCCCACAGCACGGCGGUUCGAGUGACUUUUCCGCAAUGUUAUUUUCAGACCUCCCGCAGGAAAUUAUCCAAGAGAUCCUGAUUGCCGCCGUCAAUGUGCGAGGCAUUAAGCGCGCAACCCGGUUAAGAUACGUCAGCAGGUCAUGGAACGCCGCUGUAAUGGAGGCAAUCUUUGCGUCGAGGAUCCUCGAUCAAGGGAACCCCAAGUACCUGUUCUGGCAGCGCAACCUCGCAUACAGGGUAAUGGAUAGGCCUGGGAGACUCUCCCGGCCACUACGCAUCAUCCGAAAGGUUGCUGAACACCUUGUGGCUUAUCGAAGUCCCAGUGGCAAGAGCUUUACCGACGAUGCCCUUAGAUGUUGCGUCUUCGAGAUAUGCAACGUUCCCUUGGAAAUGAACUGGAGCGGGAGAGACAGGGAUAAGUGGUUUAUGGAUUCAGACCACUCUAUGGAGAGCAUCGACCAAGAUGAUAAACAGUUUAAACAAGCAUUACUGGCUGCAGCGGCUUGGACAAACGAAAUUGGCUUAGUCAGGGACAUUUUGCCGUCUUUCCAAGACUGCGAGUAUUUAAUCUGUCAAGAUGGCCAAGGGCGGCAAGAUUUCGGGCUUAUAUUUGGCGAGCCUGUGGACUUGGCUGCCUAUCGGGGUCAUGACGAGGUGGUCCGUCUAUUAAUGAACGCCAUCACUAAAGGAAGCGAAGAGAACGGCCUAUUCUGGGGGAAAAUUCUCAAGAACGCCGCUAAAGGAAACCAUAUCUCUACUGUUAAGCUUGUCCUCAAACCGGAGUACAACUAUUGGGAUCCAUCGCUCGUUGCCGGUCUUCAAGCAACCGCAAGUCUAGAGAUUUUCCAGACUCUGCUACCUCUUGCCAAAGACUUUCUCCAGGUCGAACCCCAAAGAAAACCAAAUCAUUACCAUAAUAAGUUCUUACCGUCGCAAUUGCAACUUGCCGCACGAUCGGGCAAUGUACCGAUGAUGGAAUAUCUUUUCUAUUUGGGGGUGAAGAUCCCCGCCAAAUGGCCGAAGUCCCGCAAUCCCGUACUCGAGGCAGCAAAACAUGGUCACAAAGACGCUCUAAUUUGUCUACUUACCAAAGGGUUCACUUUGGAUCAAGACUCGUUCGACGCUGCUGUUCGGUACGGGAACCCUGACAUAGUGCAGGUUGCAUUGAACAAUGCCGGCAAACGCCAUUCCUUUACCCAGGCGCUGCUAUCUGCGGUAGGGAGAGAGAAUCAGUCAGUGACGAGGAUGCUACUGUCUCAAGAAACAACAGAUCUCGAUAAUGAAGUUAGGACCCAAGCCUGGUGGACGGCCAAGAAGAUGGGACUGGAGUCAAUGGCGAGGAUGCUUAAACAGGUGCGAGUAAUCUGA